GUUCCCUGUGGACUAUGGAAUGAGGAAAGAGGAACUAGGAGCAUUUCCUUUAAACCGACGUUUGAUUUCUUCACAGAGUUACCGUGGCCUUCGGAUCUAUUGCGGAAGCACGAGAAGAUUCUGUAACUGAGAGGCAUUCUUCAAGCUGCUGGAAAAUAUUACAGAAGGAGCACCUCCCAAAUUUUUCUUCAAGCUCUGAGAAAAGGAGCACACAGGGGAAACUUAGUGUGGCUGUGGAUCGAAGCGAACACUGUGGGAGCGGUGAACGGGGACUUGGUGCACGGACGCCUGGUCUGACCUUGGGAGGCCUGAGUUUAUGUGGCUGGAACUGGCGGGCCGAGCGGCCCUGAGACCAGCAGGUGCCGUCUGUAUGGAGAAGAGCGGCUGUAGUCCAUUUCCAAUGUGUUGGGCUAAAGAGUAUGACAGACACACAGCGUCGGCCAAAAUAAUGGCGGCCGCUUACCUUGACCCAAACUUGAACCACACACCGCAUUCGAGUACCAAGACUCACCUGGGUGCCGGCGCGGAGCGGUCCCCUGGGGCAAUGGAGCGGGUGCUGAAAGUCUUUCAUUACUUUGAAAACAGCAGCGAACCAGCUACUUGGGCCAGUAUCAUCAGGCACGGGGAUGCGACGGACGUCCGGGGCAUCAUUCAGAAGAUAGUGGACAGUCACAAAGUAAAGCACGUGGCCUGCUAUGGAUUUCGCCUCAGUCACCUGCGGUCAGAGGAGGUUCACUGGCUCCAUUUGGAUAUGGGUGUCUCCAAUGUGAGGGAGAAGUAUGAACUUGCACACCCACCAGAGGAGUGGAAAUAUGAAUUGAGAAUUCGUUAUUUGCCAAAAGGAUUUCUAAACCAGUUUACUGAAGACAAGCCAACUCUGAAUUUCUUCUACCAACAGGUCAAGAGCGACUACAUGUCAGAGGUCGCUGACCGUGUGGACCAGGACAUUGCUCUGAAGCUGGGCUGUCUGGAAAUCCGGCGCUCGUACUGGGAGAUGCGAGGCAACGCGCUCGAGAAGAAGUCCAACUACGAAGUGUUGGAAAAAGAUGUUGGUUUGAAGCGAUUUUUUCCUAGGAGUUUACUGGAUUCUGUCAAGGCCAAAACGCUACGGAAGCUGAUCCAACAGACGUUUAGACAGUUUGCCAACCUUAACAGAGAAGAAAGUAUUCUGAAAUUCUUUGAGAUCCUCUCCCCGGUGUACAGAUUUGAUAAAGAAUGCUUCAAGUGUGCUCUGGGUUCAAGCUGGAUUAUCUCAGUGGAAUUGGCAAUUGGCCCCGAAGAAGGCAUCAGUUACCUCACGGACAAGGGCUGCAACCCCACACAUCUGGCCGACUUCAAUCAAGUGCAGACCAUUCAGUACUCGAACAGUGAAGACAAGGACAGGAAGGGGACACUGCAGCUGAAAAUCGCCGGCGCACCCGAGCCUCUGACGGUGACGGCGCCGUCCCUAACCAUCGCUGAGAAUAUGGCGGACUUGAUAGACGGGUACUGCCGGCUGGUGAACGGGGCCACACAGUCUUUUAUCAUCAGACCCCAGAAAGAAGGUGAACGGGCUUUGCCAUCGAUACCAAAGCCGGCCAACAGCGAGAAGCAAGGCGUGCGGACACAUGCGGUCUCCGUGUCAGAUGAAAUUAGUGGGGACGAGACGGAUGAUUAUGCUGAGAUCAUAGACGAAGAAGACACCUACACCAUACCCUCGAAAAGCUAUGGAAUAGAUGAAGCCAGGGAUUAUGAGAUUCAGAGAGAAAGAAUCGAGCUUGGACGGUGCAUUGGGGAAGGCCAGUUUGGAGACGUCCAUCAAGGCAUCUACAUGAGCCCAGAGAACCCAGCGCUGGCGGUUGCAAUUAAAACAUGUAAAAACUGUACUUCGGACAGCGUGAGAGAGAAAUUCCUUCAAGAAGCCUUGACGAUGCGCCAGUUUGACCACCCUCACAUUGUGAAGCUGAUCGGCGUCAUCACGGAGAACCCCGUCUGGAUAAUCAUGGAGCUGUGCACACUCGGAGAGCUGAGGUCAUUUCUGCAAGUAAGGAAGUACAGUUUGGAUCUGGCGUCUCUGAUCCUUUAUGCCUAUCAGCUUAGUACAGCUCUUGCGUAUCUGGAGAGCAAAAGAUUUGUGCACAGGGACAUUGCUGCUCGGAACGUUCUGGUGUCCUCAAAUGAUUGUGUAAAACUAGGAGACUUUGGAUUAUCCCGAUACAUGGAAGACAGUACUUACUAUAAAGCUUCCAAAGGAAAAUUGCCAAUUAAGUGGAUGGCUCCAGAGUCCAUCAAUUUUCGACGUUUUACCUCAGCUAGUGAUGUGUGGAUGUUUGGUGUGUGUGUGUGGGAGAUACUGAUGCACGGCGUGAAACCCUUUCAGGGAGUGAAGAACAAUGACGUGAUCGGUCGGAUUGAGAACGGGGAGAGGCUGCCGAUGCCUCCAAACUGUCCUCCGACCCUCUACAGCCUUAUGACGAAAUGCUGGGCCUAUGACCCCAGCAGGCGGCCCCGGUUCACUGAGCUCAAAGCUCAGCUCAGCACAAUCCUGGAGGAGGAGAAGGUCCAGCAGGAAGAGCGGAUGAGGAUGGAGUCCAGAAGACAGGUCACGGUGUCCUGGGACUCCGGAGGGUCCGACGAAGCGCCGCCCAAGCCCAGCAGACCCGGUUACCCCAGUCCAAGGUCCAGCGAAGGAUUUUACCCCAGUCCUCAGCACAUGGCACAGACCAAUCAUUACCAGGUCUCUGGCUAUCCUGGUUCCCAUGGGGUCACGGCCAUGGCUGGCAGCAUCUACCCGGGCCAGGCAUCUCUCUUGGACCAGACGGAUUCCUGGAAUCACAGAGCGCAGGAGAUAUCAAUGUGGCAGCCCAGCGUGGAGGACUCGGCGGUACCGGACCUGCGCGGGAUGGGGCAGGUGCUGCCGGCCCACCUGAUGGAGGAGCGGCUGGUCCGGCAGCAGCAGGAGAUGGAGGAAGACCAGCGCUGGCUGGAAAAAGAGGAGAGGUUUCUGAAACCCGACGUCCGGCUCUCUCGAGGCAGUAUUGACAGGGAGGACGGAAGCCUCCAGGGCCCGACUGGAAACCAACACAUCUAUCAGCCUGUGGGGAAGCCAGAUCCUGCAGCUCCGCCAAAGAAACCGCCACGGCCUGGGGCCCCCGGUCACCUGGGCAGCCUCGCCAGCCUCAGCAGUCCCGGGGACAGUUACAAUGAGGGCGUCAAGCCAUGGAGGCUUCAGCCCCAGGAAAUCAGCCCCCCGCCCACUGCCAACCUGGACCGGUCCAACGACAGGGUGUACGAGAAUGUGACGGGCCUGGUGAAGGCUGUCAUCGAAAUGUCCAGCAAGAUCCAGCCUGCCCCACCAGAGGAGUACGUUCCCAUGGUGAAGGAAGUCGGCCUGGCCCUGCGGACAUUACUGGCCACCGUGGACGAGACCCUUCCAGUGCUGCCAGCCAGCACUCACCGAGAGAUUGAGAUGGCCCAGAAGCUGUUGAACUCCGACCUGGGCGAGCUCAUCAACAAGAUGAAACUGGCCCAGCAGUACGUCAUGACCAGCCUCCAGCAGGAGUAUAAAAAGCAAAUGCUGACCGCUGCUCACGCCCUGGCCGUGGACGCCAAGAACUUACUCGAUGUCAUUGACCAAGCGAGACUGCGGAUGCUCGGACCCACGAGGCCGCACUGAGGGCGCGCUCCGCGGACGUUCUCCCGCGUUCCACCAGCAUGAGGGGCCCCGGGUCCUCGGCCGCCGGCUCGUGCCGCGCCAAUGGUUGUGACUGACAGCUGGUUGAAAGCUCUUUCAUUUAAAUUUAACCACAUUUGAUUUGAGUUCAGUUUUUUUGUCUCUUUCUUUUCUUUCUUCUUCUUCUCUUUUUCUAAUCAUGGCAUUCAGAAAAGUCCAGGAUCCAAAACGUGGCAUUUUUCUGAGAAUGAAAAUUGUUCGUGAGAAGCUUUUAAGAAUCUUGAAGAACAGACCGUGUUCACGUUAGGGUGUUUCCGUGGAAGUGGCCCCGGUGGUGGUGUGCGGAUCCUGAACCAGCUCGGCUAUGUGUUGGGAGGCGGGGAG